AUGCAUAAACCCCGACCGUCUCUCCUUUCUUUGAUUCUUGUUCACCACGUGCUCCUAUCCCCUCAUCCCCCCACCAUGUGCUCUCAUCCCUUUAUCCCCCCCCACCUGUCCCCAUCCCUCUCCACCUGUACCCAUCCCUCCCCACCCGUGCCCAUCUAUCCCUCCCCACGUGUGCAUCAGCAACUGCAAGCCCUGCAGCCCUUUGGACUAGCGGGUGCCUCCCUGGCAAGUGCUGCCAUGGCAGGCGACAUUCAGGCGAGUUUCCUGCACGCAGCUGCCAUGCAAGGAGCAGCGCUGCAGAGCUUCCGGAGUGUCGGCAGCAGAGGGGGGGGAGACAGCAGCGGUAGCACCAACAGUGACAACAUCAGCGCCACACACACACGGCAGGCGAUUGGCAAAAGGGGCGCCCAGGCGGGGGGCGUGGGGGAGCAGGGAUGGCCGGUGAUGGGGGGAGUGAGGUGGAGGGGGUGUGCGGGGGGCGGGGACUCAUGCCACACUGCCUCGGGUGGGUUCCCUGUGCUGCGUGGGUGCUGGGUGCUGGACGGUUGGGUGCUGGACGGUUGGGUGCUGGACGGUUGGGUGCUGGACGGUUGGGUGCUGGACGGUUGGGUGCUGGACGGCUGGGUGCUGGAUGGUUGGGUGCUGGAUGGUUGGGUGCUGGAUGGUUGGGUGCUGGAUGGUUGGGUGCUGGGUGCGGGGGUGCUGGGUGGGGUGAGUGCACACGAUUCGCGAGCUAGUCCAGCAGCCGAGGACCGGGGCAAGGGGGAGGCGGAGGGGGAAUAUCUGAUGGUGCAGCUCCGAGGGGGGCUUAACCAGAUGCGCGCAGGGGUGAGUGAGCGCAGGGUGGCCUCUGUUCCAACGAAGCUGCUGCAGCCGCCAUCGUUUAUCUCCCCAGCCCGUCCUCCUCUCUGCCCUUCCCCCUCUCUUCAUCUCCCCCGUGGUGGUGGCGAGGAUGCAGGCGCCAUCCCCCCUUCAUCUUCCCACCCCGUCCUACCCCCGUGCCUUCCCCACCCCGCAUCCUCGCCUGUGUGCUGGCAGAUCUGCGAUGCAGUGGUGGUGGCGAACAUGCUCGGGGCGACCCUGGUGCUGCCGCUGCUUGAUAACUCCUCCUGGUGGGCCGACGGCAGCACCUUCUCCGAUGUCUUUGACGCGCCUCACUUCAUCCGCACCCUCGCCCCCUCAGUGCGCGUGGUGCCACGCCUACCUGCCACGCUCAGAGACCUGCCCCCUGUCGUGCGCACCGUGCCCAAAGCCUCCUCGCCGGCCUAUUACCUCAAGCACGUGCGCCCACUUAUCAGGAGGGCGCAGGUACUGACGCUGAACCACUUCAAGUUCAAGCUCAACUACAGCCUGCCUGCACCCCUGCAGACGCUGCGCUGUCAAGCCAACUACGAGCCACUGCGCUGUCAAGCCAACUACGAGCCACUGCACUGUCAAGCCAACUACGAGCCACUGCGCUUUGUACCGACAGUCACUCGAGCCGUCGCCCUUCUCUCCCCCCCAGCCAUUUCCCUUUAUCCCUCCCCCCCCUCUUCUUCCCCCCUUUUCCCUCCAACCAGCUGCGAUACGAGCAUGGGAGGUGAGACGAGCAUGGGAGGUGAGAUGAGCAUGGGAGGAGAGAUCAGCAUGGGAGGUGAGAUGAGCAUGGGAGGUGAGAUGAGCAUGGGAGGUGAGAUGAGCAUGGGAGGUGAGAUGAGCAUGGGAGGUGAGAUGAGCAUGGGAGGUGAGAUGAGCAUGGGAGGUGAGAUGAGCAUGGGAGGUGAGAUGAGCAUGGGAGGUGAGAUGAGCAUGGGAGGUGAGAUGAGCAUGGGAGGUGAGAUGAGCAUGGGAGGUGAGACGAGCAUGGGAGGUGAGACGAGCAUGGGAGGUGAGAUGAGCAUGGGAGGUGAGAUGAGCAUGGGAGGAGAGAUGAGCAUGGGAGACACCCGCCACGUGGCAUGCGAGUGCAGGUACGAGCCUGACAUGCUGGCGUUUACAGGGUGUGACUACGGCGGAGGGGGGAAGGAGAGGAGGCUGUUUGAGAGGAUCCGAAAGAGGUGGCCGGAGCUGCCCAGACAGAACCCCAAGCAGCAGAGGGCCAAGGGCAAGUGCCUUGUCACUCCCUCGCAGGUGGCAGUGGCCCUAGAAACGUUAGGCUUCCCCCCAUCUACCCGCCUGUACAUCGCCUCGGGUGAGCUCCACGGGGGGUCCUCUGCGCUGCAACCUCUCCUCAAGGCCUUCCCCUUUGCCACUGACAAAUACUCCCUCGCUCGUUCCCUCGCUCCUGCUAGGGGGAAGGAGGGCAGGGUGGCCGACAGGGAUGUGUCAAGUAGUGCAGGGGGAGAGAGUGGAGCCGCGAAGGGUGCAGCUGUAGAGUGGGGAAGGGGGGGCGAUGGGGGAGGGGGAGUGGGGCGAGGGGUAUUGGAGGGGCUGCAAGGGAGGAAGACGCUCCUAGCGGCGGUGGACUAUGAGAUGUGCCGGCGAGGGCACAUGCUGGUGCUGAACAACAAUGGCAACAUGGCUCACUUGCUCUCUGGACAUAGAAGGUAUGACGGCAUGGUUAGCACGGUGCAGCUGUUUGGCUCCUCCAUCCUGCGCCUCCUCGCUGCCAUCCAGCAAGGCGAUGUGAAGAGCUCUCCUAUAUCCGUGUCCUUCUAA